UCGCGCGUGUAUACGGAGCUGUUUAGUGGGUGAACACAAACAGACGAGCAGCACCGACCUGUUGACAAUGUGACAGCAUAUAUUUUUUUUAAUUUAAAUUGUACAACCCCGUCGCCAAACUUUGGCACCUUUUGUUGCGUUAAAGAAGCCAUGGAGCCGAUAACAAAGUGGACGCAAAAGCAAGUUGUAGAAUGGAUGAGAGGUUUGGAUGACAGCCUGCAGCAGUAUGUGAGCAACUUUGAGCUGGAGAAGAUCAGCGGGGAGCAGCUGCUGAAGAUCACGCAUCAAGACCUGGAGGAGCUCGGCGUGGCCAGGAUUGGACACCAAGAACUGGUGCUGGAGGCCGUCGAUCUGCUCUGCGCUCUGAACUAUGGGGUGGAGACAGACAACUUGAAGAAUCUGGUUGUGAGGAUGAGAGCCGCCACCAACAGUCUACACAUGGCCACGUCUGACCGCAGAAAAAGCCCCGUGUACGAGGGCAGCAUGUCACGCAAGCCGCCCAACGACUUCCUCACCUCUGUGGUCGAGCUGAUCGGCGCUGCAAAGAGCCUCCUGGCUUGGCUCGACAGGACGCCUCUUACGGGGAUCAGUGACUUCACAGCCACCAAGAACAAGAUCAUUCAGCUGUGCCUGGAGCUCACCACCACAGUUCAACAGGACUGCAGUGUUUACGAGAUGGAAGAGAAGAUCCUGGAAGUUUCUAAGAUUUUGAACAGCAUCUGUGAUCAGACCGUGAGAACGACCUCUGACCCCCUGAUGAGCCAGUCGGCCUGCUUGGAUGAGGUCCAGCUGACCGAUAUCAAACCAGGAGAGGGUCUGGGGAUGUACAUCAAGUCUACCUACGAUGGGUUACAUGUCAUCACAGGAACCACAGAACAUUCACCAGCAGACCUGAGCAGGAAGAUCCAUGCUGGUGAUGAGGUGAUCCAGGUCAACCAGCAGACAGUGGUGGGCUGGCAGCUGAAAAACCUGGUUGUCAAACUGAGGGAGGACCCCAAGGGUGUGGUUCUACUCCUGAAGAAGAGGCCCUCAGGCACAACAGGUUUCACCCCCGCCCCACUCAAGAACAUGCGCUGGAAGCCCGCAGUACAACAGAACAAUUCCUCCCUGAUCAAAGUCCAGUCUCCCUGCGGCUCAGCUAACGGAUCGACCAAAAAGGAGAAGUCUGCUAUCCUGAACUUGUACAUCCCCCCUCCUCCUCCAAUGCCGUACACCCCACGAGAGGAGAGAACGGACUCCUUCCACAGCAGCAUUAGUAAAAGACCAAAGGGCUCCGAGUCACCCAACUCCUAUCUGGACCAGGAGAGCAGAAGACGCUGCACCAUCGCAGAUUACGACCAGCUGAGCGCCGGCUGUCCCAUCGAGGCCAACGUGAUCCAGCCCAGAAUGAGGGAGCACAAGUCCUCGGGUGGUAAGCCCCGGCCGCUCUCCAUGCCCGCGGACACCUGCGUUGGAGUGGUGGAUCCCUACGCUAAGCCCUGGAACCAGGGAAGGAAAGGUGAGGACCUCCUGUACAGAUACCUGAGCAAUGAGAGGAUCCCCACCAUUGCAGAGGAGGUCCCCUCGGUGUCUCCACCCUACAGGCCCGCGGGGGAGCGUCACCUGGUCCGGGUGGACCACAUCCGGGGCAGCCGCUACUACUCCAACCACGACCUCCACAACAGCGCCACCAUCCCCUACCAGGAGGACAUCAAAAAGGCCCCCGUAGGCCCCGCCUCCAAGCGUGCAACGGCAGAACGCUCACUACUGGGACCUGACUGGCACUCUAGCAGUGACUUCCUCAACCGGUAUAAUCAACCACAAAUACGAUCCUGGUCCUUCUCUCAAGCAGCUGCCUUCCCAAUAUCGGUGCCCCCUUCAAUGGCUGCCGAUGACUACAACCCUGUCUCCCUCCGGCACAAAUGCAAGAGGAAGAUUCGAGGAGGCAAUGGUACGAUGAGCAGAAGACGGAUCUCGGUCAAAGAGCUGGGUCCCCCAGACCACCAGGGCUGGCUGUACAGGAAGAAAGAGAGCAAAGGCUUCCUGGGCAUCAAAUGGAAGAAGUACUGGUUUGCGCUGAAGAGGACAGCUCUGUACUGGUACACCAACCAGCUGGCGGAGAAGGCUGAAGGCUACAUUGACCUCACCAACUUCAUGAUUGACAGAGCCAUAGAGUGCAAGAAGAAACAUGCGUUCAAAGCUUGCCACCCACACGUCAUGAUGUUUUAUUUUGCUGCUGAGAGCCACGAGGAGAUGAACUUAUGGUUGAAUAAGCUCGGGCUAGCCUCCAUUCAAUAUGAGCCAACAGAACGAAACACUGCAGUCGAGUGUUAUAGUGAAGCCAGUGACCAUGAAGAAGCUGAAAGCACAGAGAUUCCCCCUCCACCAUACUCUGAACAAACCCUCCGGGACUCCGUGGAUGCGUCCGGUCCACCUGGAAGCACGCAUCAAGGUACACUUCCUCCCCCCUACUCCUCCGCAGUCCCCAGCGAAGCCAACGGUUCGCUCUCGUCGCCCGUCAGUACCAUGACAUCACAGAGCUCCAGCUCCUCGCUCGCCAAGCACCGGCAGUCCUGGUUGGACCUGGUGUCGCAGGCGUCCCCGUCCACUGCGGAAACGGCGGCGGUGUGCUCGGUUCAAGUGCACUCGCAUCGCCCCCCGCGACCGGAGACGGAGGAAGAAGAUGACCCCCAGGUGCCGGAGAGCUCGUCUCACCAGGACCCAUCGGAAACGUGGUCCGAGGAAGACUGCCCUGCUGCGGAGGCACAGACGCCGGUUUCUGGUGCUGGAAAUAAAGGCGACAGUGUGAACGGCUCGGAUGAGAUGGAGAAGCUUUAUAUUCACCUAAAAGAGGCCAGCCUCUCCCCAAUAGGAGAUCGUAAACCAUCUACCAAAAGGGAAUUCCGAGCAUCCUUCGUGAAACGCUGUAAAAACCACGCCGUCAACAAUAAACUGCACCUUAUCAGGACUCUCAACAGCACAUUAAAGUCAAAAGAGGCGGACCUACAGGCAAUAGAUCAGGUGCUGUCGGACCCGCGGCUUACCUCAAACAAGUUCAGAGUGUGGAAGGAGGCCAAUGAGCCUUUGGUGCAUGAGAUCUGUGACCGACAGGACCAGCAGGUGGCAACAGAGGCCACAAAAGCCGCAGCAUCAGCCAUUGCUGUUCCAGUGAUUGAGACCAGUUUAUAAAGACUCGUCAGGACUGGACUCGGGAGGUCUUUACAUGUUUUUGGACACACACAGACACACACACUGCUGUUUUCAAUUGAGACUACUGUUCCGUAUCAGCAGACGUUGAGUACUAAUAGACAAGUAACUGGAUCGAUGAAGAAGAGUGUUUUUUAAGUUCCCAAAUGGAUAUGACGCAGACAUUUUAUGAUUAGCAGAUCACAUUAAAAUGUGUCUUAGUAUUACUUCUACUGUUUAAUUUGUCAGGUUAGCAAAUUUGACAGAUGAUUGUUUUUAUGUUGUAAUUUCCGUGAACCCAUUCAUACAUUGUUUUAUUUUCUGGAAUGAUGCAGUACGUUGUAAUAAUGGAUACAUUGUUCACUUUUUUUGAAACACUUUUACUUUUUUACAGUAUGUUUUAUGCUUUGAUUUCAUCAGUAAUGAACACAUUUUAACUGUUACUGUUCAGCCAAUUAUUGGUGCCAUGCACCAUCACUGCCUGUUACACAUGUGUUAUACAGCAACUAUUGUCAAUGAUUGGUAAGUGCUGCUCGCCCUAGAAAUAAUGUCAUCGUACUAGAAACUGAACACCAGGGGCCUUCGCUAAUUGAAUAAAUGUUGGUCAUAAUUUCAGAUUUUAAAAGUCAACGUGUCAAAUUAUUGUUACUUAAAGCCAAGACAUAAGAAAUCCCCUCAUUCCCAUAGAAAAAGGCUAUGUAAUGACUCAUUUUGCAUUCUACUUAACCAAAACAAACUAUUUUUAGAUGGAUAAUUCCAACAUGUAUGCAUACAUGCUUUAUGCAACAUUGACAGUGACAUGCAACUUAAUUUAUAUUUUAUUGCAAAUGUGAGAAAGACUUAAUUACUAACCAAUGCUAUAUACAGUCUUAUUGGACUUAAGGCAGGGUGUAGUAGGAUUAAUUUGCAUUUAAACACAUGAUGCAUGGUGGAUAAUUCUCAGGAAAACAUACCCUGUAAUAUAUUCUUUAAGGCAGACCACCUUGGCCCCUUACAAACAAGUCCAGCAGACUCGAGCCCUGUAGUUACACAUAAGCAGCACGUUAUUCAGAUACAAACAUCAGACAUUAUGCAUAUCAUCCAAUGAGCAACAGGUUUAUGGAAGGCCAGCAGGGGCCUCUGACAUGGUGACAACACCUACUGGUAGGGGCCCAACCAAGCUCCAGGCACAAAGAUGUAUUUUUUUUUCUGGAUUAUGUUUCAUAUGUUGUGCAUGUUAAAUAUGAAUUCAGUGUAAAUAGUUGUACAUUGAUGUACUUUGAUUCUGGUAUGAAAGUUAGCGUGCUUGUUUGUAUACAGGGUAAUAAAGUGUUAUUACAAAAA